GCUUGUUGGACAACAGCUUGAAGCUUGCCAGGGAAGGAACUCAACUAAGACAUUCAUUCAAGUAAGGUUCUUAGCCCAGGUCUUGGAAGCCAUUCUUUCUCCUGUCCUUCAAGGUGAUUCUCUUUUCUGUCUGCAGUUCCUCAUCUUCUACAAAUUGUUGCAGCUAAUAGUUAUUCACUAUUGCUAGCUUUCUCUUGAUUGAAGCGUGACAUAAAAUGCUACAGCAGCCUGGCUUUUCAAAAUGGUUAGCAAUAAGCAUUGCAGUUUCAGUUGCCUUCAUAGAUUGCUUGGCCCAGAAUGAUGAUGAGUGGCAGUAUGAGGACUGCAAGUUGGCCAGGGCAGGACCUCCAGCAACAAUAGUUCCAAUUGAUGAAGAAAGUCGGAAUGGCACAAUCUUGGUAGACAGCAUGUUGAUCAAAGGAACAGCAGGAGGAUCUGAUCCCACUAUUGAACUCACGUUAAAAGAUAACACAGAUUACUGGGUCAUUUUAGAUCCCAUCAACCAGAGACUUUAUCUUAACAGCACUGGACGAAUUCUGGACAGAGAUCCUCCAGUGUCAAUUCAAUCUAUUGUAGUCCAAGUCCAGUGCAUUAAUCGAAAAGUAGGAACUAUUAUCAAUCAUGAAGUUCGGAUCGUGGUGAGGGAUAGAAACGAUAAUUCUCCCAAGUUCCAGCAAGAACAGUACUAUGUCACAGUGAAUGAGGUGAGGUUUUUUUUUAAUUCAUAUAUGAUCCGCCUUGAUCGAAGACAGAUUGGCCUCUGCCCAAGAGUAGAGCAGUCUGGCUUCUGUCAUCAGAGAACUCGACCUGGUGCCCCCUUGACUGUUCACAUGGGCUUUGGCCACUAUGUUGUCUUUGAGGAUGAGAACGUGCUGGUCUCUCACCUUGUGACUGAAAUGACACAAUGCCAG